GUGGAACACAUUUUACAUGAGUUCUCAACCACUGCCUUGCCCGCUGUUUCUUUUCCGGAUCUGACUCGUAUUCCGUGUUGGAUCGUGUUGACACGGGUACUGCACCCCAAAUUGCCGAGUCCGGGUAACGAAGGCUGUGGUUGCCGAUGUUUGGCGCUUUCGAUGGUUACUUGUCGGCCCUUUCACUCUUGCAGACUUGAGUUUAGGACCAAAAUGGAAAGUCAGUCGCUGCUUAUGAGAACACCUCGUGCCUUCUCUAUUACCUCUCUCAAAUCAAACCCUUCAUCACCGAACUUCAACAAUAACCAACCUUUAUCCCGGGAGAUCAUUUGGCGAUGGAAGAGGGAAGGACGUAUCCUUAGGAGGGACAACUUGGUAGAUUGUGCUUCAUUGGUUCAAACCUUAGCUAGAAAAAGGAUGCCUCACAUUGCUCAUCAGCUUUUACUUGAGUUAAAUUCUCAAGGUUUGAUACCCAACACUGCUACCCUUUCUGCUCUCAUGCUUUGUUAUGCAGAUAAUGGACUUUUUACCCAGGCUGAGGCAAUAUGGGAGGAAAUGCUAAAUACAUCAUCUUUUAUGCCUGCUAUUCCUCUGGUUUCAAAAUUUUUGAAUGCUUACGGAAAUAUGGGGCAAUUUCACCGAGUACAGAAAAUUUUGGAUCACGUAAUUCUGCACAGGUUUAACUUGUUACCCCAAGUGUACCCAGUGGCUAUCUCUUGCUUUGGAAAGCAUGGACAGCUUGAUUUAAUGGAGAAUACAUUGAAGGAGAUGGUUUCAAAGGGUUUGUCCAUAGAUUCUGCCACUGGAAAUGCUUUUGUUAGAUAUUAUAGCAUUUUUGGUUCCUUAACUGAGAUGGAGUCUGCUUAUGCUCGCUUUAAAAGGUCCAGACAUCUGAUAGAUGAAGAAGGAAUCAGAGCAAUGUCAUUUGCCUACAUCAAGGAGGGUAAGUUCUACAAGUUGGGUGAAUUUUUAACUGACGUGGGUCUUGGGAGGACAGAUUUAGGCAAUCUCUUAUGGAAUCUCUUGCUAUUAUCUUAUGCUGCCAAUUUCAAGAUGAAAACCAUGCAGAGACAAUUUCUGAAAAUGCUGAAUUCUGGUUUCCUUCCUGAUUUGACUACUUUCAAUAUAAGAGCAUUAGCCUUCUCAAGAAUGUCUAUGUUCUGGGAUCUCCAUCUCAGCCUUGAACACAUGAAACACGAAAGCAUUGUUCCCGAUUUGGCAACUUAUGGAUGUGUAGUAGAUGCAUACUUGGACAGAAGGCUUGGAAGAAAUUUAGAUUUCAUUUUGAGCAAUAUGAAUGCUGAUGAAUCUCCAAUAAUACUAACAGAUCCACUUGUGUUUGAGGCUUUGGGUAAAGGGGAUUUCCAGUCAAGUUCAGAAGCCUUUAUGGAGUUAAAGAGUCAAAAGAAAUGGACUUAUAGGCAGCUAAUUGCAGUUUAUCUCAAAAAACAGUUCCGAAGGAAUCAAAUCUUUUGGAAUUACUAAAUAGUGGUAUGCAAUUUGUGUUCGGAUAUGAUUCCUCUGGUGGUUGGAUAACAUUAUGUUAUUUUGAUUCUUAAAGUUUCACUACCUUGGUAUUCGAGGAAAAUUGUAUGGCUUGAACCUAAGGUGUCUCUCCUAGUCCUCAAUCCCGCAUAGCUGGAACAUUUUUUCACUGUUCUCAGAGAGUCAGAUGAGUUGAUAUGAAUCCUCAAGGAGAUCGUUACUUCACAAGUCUACAUGAGAAGGGUAGGCAUCUGAGCAGAUUUUUUUGGUUAUUUAUUUACUUAUUUUUACUUUUCUUUGUAGAUGGUGGAUUUAUAAUUAUACAUUUAAUUUUUUACAUGCUUCGCAUUCUGAACUUAUUUUAUGUGUCUAGCAAAAUAUAUAGGUUACGCAUUAAACUCUGGAGUGAGCAUUAGCUGAAAAGUUUGCCAUUACCAAUAAAUGUUUAUGAGAUUCCUUGGGGUUCAUGUACUAACUGCUAUAGCUCAGUGGUUCAUUUAUGCAUUUCAAUAUUGCAAAA